AGUAGAUAUAACCUCUGCGUCUCCCACCAAGAGGCGAUUUUUCUCCCCGGCCGCGUUGCGAAAGCAUAUUCGAACCUACUAGUCUAAGGAAAAAAAUGUCGACAGUGGGAGAGCUUGCUUGCAGCUACGCUGUUAUGAUCCUCGAGGACGAGGGUAUUGCUAUCACGGCCGACAAAAUCGCGACUUUGGUAAAAUCUGCUGGUGUGAGUAUAGAGUCAUACUGGCCGAUGCUAUUCGCCAAGAUGGCUGAGAAACGUAACGUCACUGACCUAAUCAUGAACGUUGGUGCUGGUGGUGGAGGAGGUGCACCGGUUGCCGCCGCUGCUCCUGCUGCUGGUGGUGCUGCCGCAGCCGCUGCUCCUGCUGCCGAAGAGAAGAAGAAGGAUGAACCAGCAGAAGAGAGUGAUGGAGAUUUGGGUUUCGGCUUGUUCGACUAGACUCACUUUACUUGUUUUUCUUGUUUCGUAGUUUGGAUCUACCGAAUUGUGAACUAUAUUUUGCCCUAUCGAAAUUAUUCGUUUUGGUCUGUUGUAUAACUUAAGUUCUGAGCAAACCCAUCUGCUCGGGCUUUCGUUAGAAUGGUUUUUGAAUUUUUGACAAUUGUUUCUUUUUUUUUGACUCGAUUUUAAGAAAUAUAGCGGUCAAGGAAACGCUAAAAUUGUGUAUGAA